AACUAACGCGGAGAGGUCAGUAAACAUAGGCUCCUCCGGCAGCGAGCAGCAGACAUGUGGCUCAACAGACUCCUCGUCUAUGUCUCCACAGCGGGCAUGAUCUGCUACUUGGUGGGGCUCAGCACCACCCUCAAGGUGAUGCACUUUAUUUCACCGAGCCUCACCAAAAGGUUCAUCCUCCGCAUGGGCGAGAAGAUCACCAUGACCCAGAAUCGGAAGUUCAGGUACGAGGACUGGGGUCUGACUUUCCUCAGCUUCGACUUCGUCAAAACCGCGGCCCAGCACAUGUGGCUGUCCCUGGGCCAGGAGGCGUUUGUCGGGGGAGAAGCUCCGGACUCACCUGUGGUCACCAUGGAGGGAGAGGAGAGCAGCUUGUGCAAGUUCAUCAAAGGCAACAGGCCUCUGGUGCUGAGCUUCGGGAGCUGCACCUGACCCCCGUUCAUCUACAAACUUGACGAGUUCAAGCAGCUCGUCAGGGACUUCGGCGACGUGGCUGACUUCCUGGUGGUCUACAUCGCAGAGGCUCAUUCAACAGAUGGUUGGGCCUUCGCCAACAACUUCGACAUCAACCAGCACCGGAGCCUGGAGGAGAGGCUGUCCGCAGCACGCAUCCUGGUCCAGCAGGAGCCCCUGUGUCCCGUGGUGGUGGACGAAAUGAAAGAUGUCUCUGCCAUAAAAUAUGGCGCCCUGCCUGAGAGGCUUUAUGUGCUUCAGGCUGGGAAAGUCCUCUACAAGGGUGGGAAGGGACCAUGGGACUACAAUCCAUCAGAGGUGCGUUCGUUCCUGGAGAAGAUGAACUAAGAAGAUCGUUAAUUGAAUCAAUAAAGUCAUUAAUCGAUCGAUACGAUAUAAAACCAUUUGGUCUCUGUAGCUAGAUGAAGUGAAACACAGACACAGUCCACUCAGAGUUUGUAUUCGAUGUCUCACCUAGUGUACAGAAGCAGUUUUGUGUGUUUGUGCAUAUACUUGUUUGUAUGUGAGAUGUCUUAAGUUUAAGAACAUUGGGGGCACGGUCACACGUAAGCGAAUAUUAUGGGUUAAAAUCUCCAAACGAAGCUACGCUGCGAUUUGCAUCGUCACAAGAUGAUUUAUCCGAGUCCUCGAUUGGAACUGAACCUGAGGCAAAGGUUCACCAACUGAUACCUUCCUGCACGUGUGACCGGGCCCUAACUCUGUGAUGAUCCAGUGGUUUAACACCAAGGCUUACCUCUGUCUAUAACUGUUCCUAUGUAAUUCAACUGAUGCCUGCUUUAACAUGACGAUUACAGUGUAAACCUCUGGUAACUGUAAUCUGAUGAAAGAAGAUUGAAAAGUAGGUUUUCUCUGAAUGAUGUUGGGGCAUUUAUGAUGGGUCAUGUUUACUGAUAAAAAUAUCUCUAUUACACAUUUUUUCUCCAAAAAAAAAGCUUUUUUAUUGCAGAUGUUUUUGUAUUGGAAAGAACCCUGCAAGUCCCUGAGAUAUAUACAACAUAAAACCUAAAGUGUGUUACACUUAAUGUGUUUUUGUUGUGACGCUAGUAACAAGGAGGAUUCUUAUUUGAUGAAAUAAUCAGUCUUUUCUCAUACUCCUGCUUCCACUGCGAGGAGAUAUAGGUGAAUGGAAAUCAUAUCAAAUUCUGUUAACUAUAUGAAUGAUGCGCUUUACAGUUCAUUAUUAAACUGAGAAACACCACAA